AUGGGUCCGGUUAUCGGCCCACUAGUCGGCGGAUUUCUGGGUGAAAUCGAAGGGUGGCGCUGGAUACAAGGUGUCAUGACCAUCUUCUCUGGCGUGGUCUGGAUCUUCGUCUCGCUCGCUGUGCCCGAAACGUACGCUCCAGUUCUUCUAAAGCGCAGAGCAGCCGACCUGAGCAAGUUGAAUGGAGAAGUCUACCCGAUUGUGUUCUUGCUGAGCUUUUACAUGGCUGUCAUCUACGGAACGCUCUACAUGCUUUUCGGUGCAUAUCCGAUUGUGUACCAACAACAUCGUGGCUGGAGUCCAGGAGUUGCCGGUCUGCCCUUCAUUGGCGUCGCAAUUGGGAUGCUCUUGUCCGUUGUCUACAACAUCUGUGUGGACAACCCACGCGUCAUAGCAGGGGCGCCAUUCGGCUUUGCCAUGGUUCUUGUCUUUCUCUCUAUUAUGAACUACCUUGUCGACUCGUAUACCAUCUAUGCUGCCUCUGUCCUGGCCGCAAACUCCGUAUUUAGAGCCGUCUUCGGUGCCGUAUUCCCGCUCUUUACGCGCCAGAUGUACAAUGUCCAUAUCAGGAAGUUCCAGAUUCUCCAGAAUACCGUUGUGGCCCACGUCAUCGAGAACGCCCUGAUUAAGAUUUCCCCAAAGGCUAUGUUGCGGGACUCCACCUUCCUGAGCAAGCAGAUCGGGAAGCAUUUCCGCUGGCGCUACUUGUGA